AUGACUUGCAAAAUUGCUCCAGUUGAUAGUAAGGUGAAGCAGGAGGAUCCUUCGAUGGGGAAGCUAUGGAUGAGCACCGAGGCAGAACACCCCGACUACACGUGGUGGGAGGUGUGCGGGAAGGUGUGUACAGACCCCUGCACACUGAAGUGUGACCACACCUUCUGUAGGACAUGUCUCACCCAGUACUUACAGUCAAGACAGGAUGUCAUACAGUCCAAGACAUUCUCCUGUCCCCACUGUCGUCAGGCUUCUAUAGUUCCCGACCCCGCCCGACCAACGGAGGAAUGGGUGGAGCAGUUUGCAACCAGUCACAUGAAGCCACCUGCUGACUGUCUUCCUGUAGUGUCUGACAGCAAGGAUGUGCCAGCAGGAACCACGAUCAAUGUCAGGAGCACGAGGAACAAGUGCGGGGAACAUUCAAACAGAGCCAUGGAAUUUCACUGCAAGGAUUGCACAAAGACAGUAUGUCCGGUCUGCUGUAUUCUGUACCACAGGAAGUGUGAAUCUGUUGUCACUCUUCAGUCUAUGAUUCCGGAAAUGAGAAACACCUUGCAGGAAAACUCGCAGAUUCUAUCUGCUAAAAUCACAGAUAUCCAUUCGAAAGUAAGCGCCAACAGGGAUAUCUACACCCAGAUGCAACAGGGCAUAACUGGCUUGCAGGCUGAAAUCACUUCCUACUGUCAGUUAACGAGGGAACUGAUCAGAGAGAAAGAGGAUGUUAUGAUGCAGGGCCUCGACAAACGGACGAAGGAACAGAGGGAGACGCUACAAGAUCUCAUCAAGACAGGGGAGAGCGAAGAAAGGAUGCAUAAACAACAGGUGGAGUUCAUCCAGAGAACCCUGGAGUCUGAGGGCACCAUGGACUUAUAUGAGGUGUACCAGACCUGUCUAUCCGGGGAGAUCCUUGCUACAUCGGUAGAAGAUUAUGCCAUAACUGAAGCUGAACCGGGCUUGGCGGUCAAUGUUAAAGCAGAGUUGGAAAAUAUUAGAAUUGUUCUGAAUGAGUCACUGUUUCUUUGCUCAGGGCCUGACAAUACAGGAAGCGUAACGUCGACUAUAACCAAAGACAUGGAAGGUAAAGAUGGCCGAGGUUGUACUGAUGCUGUAGACGAAUCGGAUGAUAUAGAUGGAAAACUGCAGACUGAACAGGAACUUGAGUCUGACAGACAGGGACUACAGUUGGACAUAGAUGAACAGAUCGAAACAGAUUCCAAACCUAACUUCCGAAAAGGACCUGCUGCAGAUUUACAUGAAGGUCCGAGGACGAACAAUGACGAAGGUGAUACAGAUAUGGAGAAAUACGCGAGAUGUGAAUUGGUCUGGUCUAUGAGCGCGGACGAGCCGAAUAGCCCACACAUGGCCAUAAUGUAUACACGUUCCAAGAGCCCAAAGCUACAGGAAUCGAGAAAAAGGCACAACUCGGCUCCACAGCUGAACAACGGCUCCCAUACUACUGUGAAAGCUCGUCCAGAUGGCGAGGAGUCUUUGGAAGUUGGAUCGCACCCUGGAGGCAUGUUUGACAUACAGGAAGAAGGUGAUGUGGUGACACCUGGGACAAUAUUUACAGAAACAUUAUCACUAAAAUCAGAGACAGUGUAUCAGUCAGCUCCAGAUUUAACAACGAAACUUCACACUGGAACUGACUAUUCCCUGUACCCUGAAACAGAGCGUAGCUGCUCAUCGGGCCAUCGAAAUCAGUUGACAUGGAAUGGCGAUCCCUCUCCGACAAACUUUGAACAAGUAUCGCAACUCGAACUGAAGAGGGAUUUCACCCCUGUGACAGUUUCAGAACAAACUGAAAACCAAGGGCUAGAGGGGCAAGAAUCUGAUAGUUUUAAAUCAAAGAUUUUGCUUCCACAUGAUAAUGACUCCGUUUUGGAGGAAUCCUUUACACAGUCGGUGCUAAUGUUGAAAGUGGACAAAGAGAAAGGAGAGGGUCAUGAAGAAUCAGAUGAAGAUUUGCCAGAGGAUACAAAAACUGAUACCCAAGAAACGGUGAGGUUAGAUGUUGAAGAUGUGUCUGGAAAUUUACAAGAAUGUCAACGAUCUGAAACAGAGAGGGCCUAUAAUUUUGAUUCGGAUUCUUUGCCUGUGUAUCAUGAUACCAUACAUACUGUGAAUAGCUUGGACAUUGUUGUACUUUCUUUGGAGCACGGUUUUGUAUAUGCAGUUACCAAUGCAAUGGAAAGCGCAGUAAAAUGUAUAUAUCGCACAAGCAAGAAAAAAUGCGAAAAUACUUUGAGGAUCUCAAAGCUCCCUUGGGCCGUGGCAAAGAUGUCUAACGAUAUGGUGGCGGUCACCGUUCCAAGAGCGAGGCAGAUCGUUUUAGCCAACGUUGACCCUGAGUUACAACUUCAUUCAGUCAUAAGAACACACAAAAGUUACUAUGGUCUGGCAGUGUUGGAGGAAUCCAUGUUUGUUGCGGGCAACACUUCCGAUUCGUGUAUAGAUAUACUCGCUUUGUCUGGUAAGGUAAUCAGAACAAUAUAUAACAGUUCUGUAAAAUGUCCGAACUUUAUCUGUCCAACUCCAAAACAAGGUUUCAUAGUAUCGGAUCGUCAAACAAAAACUGUGAUAUGCUUCACGGCCACCGGAGAAGUGAACUUCACAUAUUCCUCCAAGGAAAAGGCAUUCAAGGAGAACAGAGGCAUAGCGACCAGUGACUCGGGGCACGUCUUGGUGGCAGACGCUGAGGCUGACAAGAUAGUGCUAUUAACGGAGAAGGGGGAAUAUGUCAGAGAUGUAUUAACAUUUAAGGAUGACAUACGUAAACCAGUCGGUCUGUACCUUCAUGGUGCAUUUCUGUAUGUCACCCAGUGGCAGAACAGGAUCAAAGUGUUCAAGUUUACCUGAAAACAGUGGCAGAUACAUGUCCAUGGUUUACGUCUUUGAAGUUGCACAGUUUGUUCAAGUGUACCUGAACGUGAAGGCACUUUAUUGUACCAAGACUAAAUAGUAGGAUCCACGAUAGAUGGUUCAAAUGCUGGAGUUUACCAAGACUUUGAAGAGUAAGAGAAGGGUGCGCAUUGUCACGUUUACCAAAACAGGUAAUAU